UGUCUGUAACCAAGUUCGGUAAGCUUGGCAAAGAUUGGUUUUCUGGGUAGGGAUUGCUUGCGAAGGAAAUGCAUUGUGAGAGGGAUUGGGAAAUGGGUAUGUAGUUAGACAUAUUUUUGCUGUAAAGAUGGAUUUGCAGGGUAAUUCUCAGCCUGAAUCGGGAAAACUGGAACAAAUCGUUUCCCAAUUUCUAGUAAAGAGCUUACACAUUAUUCUGGAUUCGAGGGUUCCUUCUCGUCGUCCACAUGGUCGUAGUGGGGACCUGUCAUCGGCUUCUCAUGUGAGAAAGAGUGACAAAUGGUUCAACUUAGUAUUAGGUGACCGUCCUGCAGCUCUGGAUAACUUGAGUUUCUGGCACAGAAAUCUGAUGGAUCCAAUGAUAAUCGAUGUAAUACUGGUUCAUGAAGGUUAUAAAUCAAUGGGGGGAUCUGUUGAGACAGUUAUAGAGAGGUGGGUUGUUCAGUAUGAAUAUCCCCGAGUUGUCGCUGCUCAAACUGGUCAAAGUUCUGCCUUAUACAAGAAAACAUACAAGAAGUCAAUAAUACUUUUACGGGCUCUUUAUUCACAAAUGAGGCUUCUCCCAGCAUAUAAGAUCUUCCGGCAGCUAAGUAGAACAAGUCAGACUUAUAAUUUUGACAUCAUUUACAAGGUGCCUUCAUUUGGUGAUCCAUUCUCAAGGGUGGACGAGGAAAUGAUGGAGGAACACACUUUCAACCAUGUGGAGGCCUUCCCUGGCCGCCUUUGCAUAUCUGUGGCAUACCGUAAAACACUAACCGACUUUAACCUUGAGCCUUCAACCUCAUUGCCACCAAAGAUUAUUACAGAUUAUGUUGGUAGCCCCAACACCGACCCUCUCAGGUCCUUUCCCUCUUCGGAGAAGGGUGUUCGUGCUAUUUCCUUUCCAUUGAGAGCAGUACGAGCUCCAUUUCCUGUGCCAUUUCAACGUCCACACAGCUGGACAAGUGGCUUCCACAGAGCAGCUUUUUCUGCACAAAAUCAACCCGUUGUUGGAUCUCCACCUGCAUAUUGCCCAUCUGCUUUGCCAUAUGACUAUCCAUCUCCACCUACUGAUAUAUAUGGUAAUAGAGUUCCAAAUUAUAGAAUGCCAAUCCAUCAAAGGACUAUUAGUUAUGAUGGUUAUCAGCUUUCACCUCCAUUCUCUCCAUCUCCAUCCCCGUCUUCUCCAUCAUACGUCUCCACUGGUAAUCAUCCUAUGCGAACACGUGUACGUCCAGAAACUGCUCCUGUAAGUAUACCACUUUCAAUGGCGAGCAGAAAUUCUAGAUACCUUUCUCCCAAUUCUUCUGAUCCAAGUAGAAGUUCUCUCCCACCUUUAUCUCCCAGAAGCAGAAAGACUGAUCCUUCAUCACAGGAGUCUCCUUAUGGAACUACAUCUUUUAAAAAAAUAGAGUCUUUAAGGUCUGGAGAGAUGCAGAAUCAUUAUGCUGGCCAGAAGAUGAUCAGAGAUAGCAAAGAUGAUUCAGGCCGGUUCUCAGGAUUGUUAUCUUCGAGUGGCUCACCACGUAUUGGAUUUUCUAGAAGCUCCAGUAGAUUAUCUUUCCAGGAUGACUUAGAUGAUAAUAUUUUUUCAUGUCCUUUUGAUGUUGAUGAUGUUGAUACAUUGGAUAUUCAAGUCAGUCAGAAUUUUGAUGGGAAAAAAGCUUCCGAGUUUACUUCACAGUCAUUGCCAAUUGUUAAAAAAUCACAAGAUGCUGCCGUUGGUGUCCUUGUUCACAUGUUGAGGACUGCACCUCCUCUGCGCCAAGAUUCAUGUUGUUACUCAUCCCACUCAAUGAAGACUGAACUUGAGGGAGGAGUCCCUACAGCUUCUGGAUUCUUUAUGCCUCGAAAGACUGCUGAUGCACUUGAAGAGCUCAGGAGUUUCAGAGAAAUGAAAGACCUACUUCUUUCCAAGAGUGGAACUCGGGUGGUCAGCAAAGAUGACGUUUGAGCUUGCUGCUUUGAUGGAUUCAUCUUUGUUUAUUGAGACAGAAAUUUAGCUCCUGAGAGAGAGGAGAUGACGGAGUUGCUGGCAGUGGCAAUGAAUGAAAGGACUACCACCAGAAACUUCAGGAGUGACGGAUUAUGUACAUAUCAUGACUGAAAAUAUUCACCGAUUCAUGAGCAUUGCUAUGUAAAUGUUUCGGGACCGUUACAUUGUUUAAAUGUUUAUAGGGAAAAGUUCAGUUCUGG